CUUCGUUGUUUUGAUUCAUCGUGUACACAAUGUUUUGACGGGAAAUUGUUGAAAUUAAUCAUCGAUUCAUUUGUUUAGGCAGUAUUUGUAGCCAAGCAAAAAUUAGAUUGAUUUUGGUUGUGUGAUACAAAAGGAUAUUCGCGACAACAAAAGACGAUUUUACGAUGACCGUUGUAGAAUUCUUUGGCUGUUCAUUCCUGGCUUUCGGGCCGCCGCUAGCUAUGUUUGCGCUGACCAUCGCCCACGAUCCAAUACGGAUUAUUAUACUGAUAGCAGCAUCCUUCUUUUGGCUUGUAUCGUUGCUGCUUUCGUCAGUUGUUUGGUUUGCGGUGUUUCCUCUGCGUGAUAAACUUGUGUUUGGGCUGAUAUGCUCUGUAUUCAUACAGGAAUCAUUCCGAUAUCUUAUGUAUAAGCUCUUACGGAAAACUGAACGUGGGUUGCAGGAAGUAACAGAAAUCGCACAAAUAUCUGACUACAAACACAUUCUAUCGUACGUUUCUGGUCUCGGAUUUGGUAUCAUCAGUGGAGCCUUCUCUCUCGUAAACAUCCUAGCGGAUUCAGUUGGACCGGCAACUGUCGGACUGAAGGCAGGGUCUAGUGUUUUCAUCGUUAUCAGUGCGGCACAGUCUCUCUGUAUGAUCCUGUUGCACACAUUUUGGAGUGUCAUCUUUUUCAAUGCUUGUGAUAUGAAGAAUUACUACCAUAUUGGUUAUGUGGUAAUGAGUCAUCUGUUCGUUUCAUGUAUGACACUGCUCAAUAGUCAGGAUCUUUUUGCUGUGACGCUGACCUCUUCGUAUGUUGUAAUGAUGGUAACGUGUGUAAUUGCCUUCCGCGUAGUUGGAGGAAACUUUGCUUCGUUCAAGAAGUUCAUUACUUGCAAGUAAAAUAUUUUAUAAAGCUUUACUAUUCACUAUCGUAUCACUGAGAUAAAUGUUUGACUUACUAAAUUAUAUUUGAGAAUAAGGACUAUAAAUAGGAAAAAUGCUUAAAAUUAUUUGAAAAAUAAACAUUUAUAAC